AACGAGCCCAAUGUGCCGUCUCCACGCGCGGCUCUCGGCCAAUGAAAGAGUGAGAAAGAGUAAAGAGUGGGGGCAUGAGCAGAGGAGGUGGGUGAAAUGUUUUCAGAGAGCGUGACACACAGAGAGAGAGAGAGAGAGAGAGAGAGAGAGAGAGAAAGAGAGAGACAUCACUGAUACACAUCAGCAAACAGGCGGUUGACGGGACACACAAAAAGAGAACAGAGAGAGAGAGAGAGAGAGAGAGAGAGAGAGAGAGGGAAAAAAACUGGUCACAUUUCUCAGGCACCUGAAAACGUGCUGGUUAUUUUAGGACCCGUGUUGCUUAUUGAUGAGUGGGGGAGUGUUUAAACUACUUCCACACUCUGGUCAUGUUUUAACGGUGACUGUACAUGGCAAGCAGCUGAAUGCUUUGGGAACUCUGUAAUUUAGAGAAGCCCUAUACAGUACUGUCUCACCACAGUCUAGCAUCUUAGUGUGCGCAGACGGAGAGCCGACUCAACCUGUGCAUCCACUGGAAGUUAUCUGGAUCAACGACAUAGAGAGAGAUAGAGAGAUACUCUUUUAAUUUCUUUUUAAAGAAUAUUUCUUUUUAACUUGUUUCUCUUCGCUGACUGGGUUUCCUCGAGAACCCCCCAUCAAUGCCCUGCGCACAGUGCUGUUGGUCUGAGCUUUUGGAUACACUCUCUAUGCCUUGGCAGUUAAUGACUCUUUCACCUAUAUCAACCAAACUCCUCGGCAGCAAGCAAAGGCAGUCAGUCCAGCAUUAAACGUCCGAUAUUAAACAACACGGAACAACUGAACAGCAACUUCGAUCUACUGGGAAACAUGGACAACAGCCCUGGUGGUGGUGUUAUCUUGUACGCUGGCUCGUCCGGCAGUGCCAGUCCGAGUCCUGGCAGUCCUUCAAGUGGAUACCAGACCCAGUCGCCCUCCUCCCACUCGCAGCCUUCAUCCCCAGAGGGUGUCUCCUUUCAGGAGAUUGGGCCCCUGAAGCAGAGAGGGGAACAAGGGGGAGGGACUCCUUCCCCGCGAAUGGUCUUCCAGUUUCCUGAAGUAAACAAUGCUCCCGUUGCCCAAAUAACAACGGUAUCAUCGGCAACCUACAACCAUCCCACAGUGGCCAAAAGACCUUGUGGUUUCACUGGCACAUUCACCAAAACCGGAGGUAUGGUGCUUCUGUGUAAGGUGUGUGGGGACAUCGCAUCUGGGUUCCAUUAUGGCGUACACGCCUGUGAAGGCUGCAAGGGGUUCUUCAGACGCAGCAUUCAGCAGAAUAUCCACUACAAGAUGUGUGUAAAGAAUGAAAAGUGUCUCAUCAUGCGCAUGAACCGAAACCGGUGCCAGCACUGCCGCUUUAAGAAGUGUCUCUCCGUGGGCAUGUCCAGAGAUGCUGUGCGUUUUGGGCGUAUUCCCAAACGGGAGAAGCAGAGACUAUUGGAUGAGAUGCAGAGCUACAUGAACAGUCUCAACGAAUCAGCUUCCAUGGAAAUGGAGGUGUCACCUCCUCCCGAUGCCCCGUGCAGUCCACAGAACCAGACAAAUGAAGGAGCGGGCUCCAUAUCACAGUCUUACCGCGGCAACUUGAUGAUUGACGAGAAACCACUCAAGAUGGCCGCCGGCAACAGCAACAUUGGCACUUCGUCUUUCCAGAACAGUUCGGUACAGGAACCUUCCCUGUCGCACUCAGCAACCCAAACUCAGCACACAGUUCAGGGGGAGCAGGUGAACAUGACAAGCUACCAUGUCUCCACAAACUGCCCUGUUGGCUCAACCAACAAUGAAAACUCCACUAAUACUAACAUUGACAACGCCAAGUACACCUACUCCUCCAAUCAGAAUCAGUGCCCCUUCAGUGGCAGCGUGUCAUCUCAGUCCUACUCCUCCAAUCAGAACAGUUACCAAGCCAGGGAUUCCCAGAACCAAAGCCCUUGCCCUUGGAAGCUGAACGGAGGAGCCAAAGUGCUGGCAUGUCCACUCAAUUCGUGUCCCGUGGCUCCGGCCAGUCGCUCCAGUCAGGAGGUGUGGGAGUCUUUCUCCCAGUGCUUCACCCCUGCUGUUAAAGAAGUAGUGGAGUUCGCAAAGAGCAUUCCGGGCUUCCAGACUCUAAGCCAGCAUGAUCAGGUCAUGCUGCUCAAAUCUGGCACUUUCCAGGUGCUGAUGGUGAGGUUUUGCUCACUGUUUGACCCCAAGGAGAGGACAGUAACGUUCCUCAACGGGCAGACCUACUCACUGGCAUCACUGAGGGCUCUCGGCAUGGGCUCCUUACUGGACGCCAUGUUCGAAUUCAGCGAGAAGCUUGGAUCUUUGGGUCUGGAGCCAGACGAGAUGGCUCUUUUCAUGGCUGUUGUGCUUGUUUCUGCUGAUCGAUCUGGUAUAGUGGAAGUGGGAGCAGUGGAGCAGCUGCAGGAGAAUCUAAUUAAAGCUCUGCGCUCUCUCAUCACCAGUCGCCGCCCAGAUGACAGCACACUCUUCCCAAAGUUGCUGCUACGUCUGCCAGACCUGCGCACCCUGAACAACCAUCACUCUGACAAGCUUUUAGCUUUCCGCAUAGAUCCUUGAGUUCAGAGAGCUAAAUCUGACUGAGGUAUCUGCUUUGGGGAGCCUCCCUGCGUCCCCAUGCAAGCCUGGCCUGCCACAUACAGUACACUGGCCUAUGCAUGAUGGACAGUUGUUGUGGGAGCUGUGCCAACUCUGGUGCUAUGUCGAAAAAAUAUCAGUGAAGGAUGUAGGCACAGCUGGAGGUGGAGGCUUCUGAACCCAAACCAAUUCCUCCUCCAGUCGUUUCCACGAUUGCUUAAAAAAAAAACUAUCAAAACAUAGACUGUGUUCUUCCUUGGGUUCUUCGAGUCAACAUCAGACCACCAAGUCAUCACUUCUCCCUCCUGGAGUUUGUCAAAGCCAGUUUUCUGUUCUGAAGACCAAAAAGAAGAAAGAGUCUGUUGUUCCUCGCUAGACUUUGUCCUCCUAUCCCAGCUCAAAAAGCUAACAAGAGGGAAGCACAUACUCUCGCCCAGAGAAAUAGGAACAUGUACAAACAUUCACCAACAAUGAUUUCUUGCAUUCAUAUUACAACAUGUAAAGGGCACUUUCCAUACAUUCAGAAGACCUCUUAAAUCAAUAUAUCACAUAGCAAUAGAAAUGUCUGAUACACAGUUGGGACGAUGGUUAGGGUAUGCCCUAUUGAAAUGACAUAAGCUAUUUUCAUAACAUGUCACCAUGUGGGAAAUCUUUAUGAAAAUCACCCAUUUGUGAUUGAGAAAUGUAUAACAUUUUUAAGAAAUGAGAGUAAGUUGCAUUGUAUUUGUAUGCGGUAAUCAGGGAGAAAUUAUUGGUCAUUUUAGACCAUGUCUGAUGGGUUAUAUGUUGAGGUGUUUUGUUGUACAUAUUGUAUAUAACCCUUGUUAGUUUGCAGAUUCUUGGAUAUGUAAAUGAAGUUAGUCCUGAAUUACUGUAUGAUCUCACAAAUAAUAGAUUGCUCUCCAGACUGCAAAGUGAAAGCAGCAUUUGAACCAUGCGCUCCGAGUAUAAACUUUUUAUUUGAAGAUAUAUAAUUGAAAUAAAUGUGUUGUCAACUGACUGCAUCACCUUGUGAAUAUUUUGUAAAUGUUUUAUGGUUACACCAUAGAGAACCAUUAUUAAAUGAUGUUAUAUAGCA